AUGAAACCUAUGCAACCUCCGUUCCCAAAGAAUUAUGAUCCAAAUGCUAAAUGUGAUUAUCAUGGAGGAGGAGUUGGACACUCUACUGAGAAGUGUGUAGCCCUUAAACACAAAGUGGAAGCUUUAAUCAACUCAGGAUGGGUAAAGUUUCACGAAGACAAACCUAAUGUCGAAGCGAAUCCUCUUUCUGGGCAUGGGAAUCCUUCGACAAAUGCCAUUGAGGGUAGGGAACACAAGCUAGUAAAGAAUGUGAGUGAAAUUCGGAGCUCCAAGCGAUUUAUUUUUGAGACAUUGCUGAAAUUGGGCCUGUUAAAAGGGGAAUAUAACUUGGGUGAGAAAUGUGAAUUUCAUCCAGAUGCUAAACAUUUUGCCGAUAAGUGCACCAAGUUCGAGAUUGUUUUACAAGAUCUGCUUGACAAAAACUUUGUGCAAGUAUAUCGCGAGGGUAUGGAGGAGGAAUUAUUUGCACAGGAUGGCGGGAAACUAGAUGUGACUUUGCCAGAGCCAUUGGUGAUUCAUUUCACCAGAUCCCCCUCCACACCAACAAUUCAAGAAAGGCAACCUAUUACUAUCCAGGCACCCUCCUCUUUUCCUUACAAGAGUGAGAAAGCUGUCCCGUGGAAAUAUGGCGCACGUGUGUCGGGUGGGGAACAACGAACGGAAGGUCAACCUACCAAUGGUGAGCCGGUGGUUGAAAACAUAUCGGGCAUCGGUGGAAUGACUAGGAGUGGUCGCAUAUUCACGCCUCCGAUCUUGAUGAAAAAUGGAGCGGGGAGUAGUGAAUCGAUGAUGACCAAGAAUGCUAAAGAAUCCUUGAAGGGGAAGAUGAUACAAACCGAUGAAGGACUGAGAAAAGAUGACAAGAAAGAAAUAUCUAAUGAAGAGGCUGGUGAGUUUUUGAAGUUCAUACAACAGAGCGAGUAUAAAGUGGUUGAACAACUGAAUCGCAUGCCUGCUCGGAUCUCUCUUUUGGAUUUACUCAUGCAUUCAACCUCACACAGAGAGCUACUAAUGAAGAUACUCAGUGGGGCGCAUGUGGAGAAGAAUAUCUCUCUGGACAGUUUUGAGGGAAUUGUUAGCAACAUCACCGCUAACAAUUACCUCACUUUCACUGACGAGGAGAUACCUGUUGAAGGGAGAGGACACAACAAGGCCCUCCAUGUCUCUGUGAAAUGCUUGGAUCAUGUCAUAGCGCGAGUAUUAAUCGACAAUGGUUCUUCCUUGAACGUAAUGCCAAAAGAAACACUGGGAAAGCUUCCGUGUGAGGGUAUCCACAUGAAACCAAGCGCGAUGAUCGUGAGGGCUUUUGAUGGGAGUAAGAGAGAAGUGAUGGGAGAGGUAGAACUGUCAAUCCAAAUCGGGCCGUGUGUCUUUCAAGUAACCUUUCAAGUGAUGGAUAUCCUCCCAGCAUACAGUUGCUUGUUGGGUCGCCCUUGGAUUCACUCAGCAGGUGUGGUGCCUUCAACCUUGCACCAAAAGUUGAAAUAUGUCAUGGGCGAUAAACUAGUAAUAGUUUCAGGAGAGGAAGAUAUUUUGGUAAGUGGACCUUCGUCUUCUCGCUAUAUUGAAGCAGCAGAAGAAGCCCUCGAGACAGCAUUCCAGUCUUUGGAAAUUGUGGGCAAUGCUUAUGUGGAGCCAUAUCCAAUGAACCCACGCUUGUCUUGUGCCUCCCUUAUGACUGCCAAGGUCAUGCUGAAAGAGGGAUAUGAGUACGGAAAAAGGCUAGGCAAGGAUAAGCAAGGAUUGAUAUUUCCUCUGGAGAUCACUAAGAAAAGAAACAGACACGGCCUGGGAUACAAGCCUACUCGAGAAGACAAAAGAAGGUUAGUUGAAGAAAGGAGAGAGCGUGGUCUGGCCCGCAUGCAAGGAAAGGAGCUGGGGUUAGGAAAGAUCUGCAUUUGUGACAUCAAAGAGAGCUUUCGCAGUGCCGGGUGGAUCAACACUAGCCCGAUAGCAGCCGUCAACGAUGAAGAGGAACUUGGAGGCUCGAAUUUUGUGUGGCCGUGCGUUUCAGAUGCACCACUCAACAAUUGGGAGACUUUGGAUCUACCUGUGAUGUUUAAUUUGGUUAAAAUGUAA